GAGGGGGGGCAGACGGAGGUGCGGCCGCGCGCGCUGCACUCAAACAUUUUCAGUAGCUGUCUUGCCGCCUUCAGGAGAGGUUGUGUUAGCAGAUCAUCGGGUCUAGCGUGUUAAGCUCAACUUGCCUUCCGGUUGCCUGCAUCCAGCAAUGUCUUGCGGAAUGGUCCAAACUGACAACUACUUUUCCUCCAGCAGUUGGGUAUCCAGGAGUGAGAGUAGUGAGAGCCUGGCACGACUUGACCUGAUGACCCACGAGUAUCCUGCCCAGGUUGCCGAGCCCAUGAUGACAAUUGAAGACCUUCGUUCUCAGUUUAAUUCCUGUUACACUUGUGGAGUUAGUUGGAGCGAUAAUCACGUUUCUCUUGACUGCCGAGAGUGUGGGGGAUACUCCUUAGAACGGCCGUGCCCAUUAUGUGAUGGAAAAUGCCAUAAUUCCUGGCGAAGGGAUAUUUCAAUGUCACACAGUGUGGGAAAAGCACAUUGGGAAGGAGAAUGUGGGCUUUCCAGUGAAGAGCGACCAGCGGUGCCCUCUUUCCUUGCCGAAGAUGUUUUGGUACAAGGAUUGGAAGACCUGUCAACAUCAUCAUGAGUCCAUAGUCACAGAGGUUCCUCCCAUAGAAUCUCUGCAUGGGUGGCACUACUAUAACAGCCCAGCAGGUCAGGUACAAUUUACCUGCUGCAUUACUCUCCUGUAGAAGUUAAACCAUGAUAAUGAUAAUCCUGGCUUCUCUGUUUUUUAUCAAUGUAAUUUAUUUCAUCAUUGGUGCUCGAUGGCAAUUAAUAAAGUCUUAAAGGGUAUCUAUUAUGAAUAUGCGAAGUGAAAACCUUGUAAAAUUAAAGUUACUCUCACAUUAAUAUUUAAUUAAUUUAUAUGAUUAAGCCAAAACAAGAACUUGUUAUAUUGUCAAGGGUAGACAGUGAUCAGAGCUUGAUAGAAACAUUAAUGGGAAUUACAACACGGAGGAUAUAUUUAAUAUGACAAAAAAAUAUGACCUUUGUGUGUGUAGAGGGCUAUCAUUAUCAUUCUUGUACGACUAGGGUUUCCUGCUUUCAGUCGGAGCAAUAUAAUAUUGCCAGACCUCGCAAGUAUCGGGAGAAUAUUACUUGGUGUAUGAGUGUGCAGCAAAGCUCAAGUGCAUUAAACAGGUGCAGAGAUAGCAGAUUUUUUUUUUAUAUCUUAUACUCCAACUCUAAAAUGGAUUUAAGUCUUUCAUGUAUAUAUGAAGAAGUUAAAUCUUUGAAUGUGUGAUAUAAUCAUGUGAUAUUAGCCAGUACAAAACAAAAAAUUGAGGUUAUGUAUAAUACCCAUUCUGAGGACACAGGUUGUGCAAGGUAAAGUAGUUUUUUUUCUUGUCCCAAAGUGGCAAGAAAAUUAAACAGGCACUAGCCACUAGUCUUUGAAGCCACCUAUGUAUGUUCGUGGUUAAAUUUUAUUUUCUUGGUGGCGAGGAUAGUGCCGUGCUACAUGCAGUGUGAUGGAAUAACAGAAUUAUUUUGUGAAGGCUGUGUCUAGUAAAUAUACAGUUACUGUUUCCUGCUUAUUGACCAGGAUGCAAAAGAUCCUGCACCUGUUUAUAAUACGUUAUUCUGUAACCAACCUGACCUGGUGGAAGUAGUUUCUACUUAGCCCAUGCAAAUAUCUUAUUUAAAUUACAAAUUAGGAAGUUUGUCAUUGUUAACCAGAAGAAUUUACAGUAACUUGCAUUUUUCUAUGCAAGUAAAGAUUACAAUUUUACAUAGAGUAUUUAUGUAAUGUGCUAAUCAACUAUGCAGUGAAUAACAUUUCUGGUUAUCUAUGGGCUAGUAGUGUUGCAUAACAAAUCAGUGGCUGUUAAAUACUUAAAAUGUUUUAGAUGUACAUGAUCAUUUGAGUUAAAAGUAUAUGCUUUUAAGAAAGCCUGACCAUAUUUUGUUUUAUAUAUAUAUAUUUACAAAUGUUCGAAUCUGAGUAUUAAUGACAGCAAAUGCCUCCUCCUCUUGCAGCAGCUGUAUUUUUGAGAGAUCCUUAAAUUUGCUAGUAUUAUGCUUACUUUUGCAAAAUACCUGUACUGUUCACUACUCAUUUUGUUUAUCACCACAAGCACAAGCAAAAUUAUUGUACUAAUUUUCUAAAUACAGUAUUAACAUGCACAUUCAGAAUUAUACCAACAUUUUGCAUAAUGUACAGUGGUUUGUAUUGAAUUUGGAAUCUUGUUUGCAAUUAAUGUACAGGCAUUUGGUUCAAUCCACCUUAACACUCAAAAAUACCAGCUAAUAAAUUGUUAUAGAAUGAAAGUUGUAACUAUCUUAUCUUUACAUUUACAUUGCAUCUGUACUUUUCUCAAGAGUACAGUAUAUGUUAUCUGUAGAUGUUGGCUCCCCCUCAAGUGGAAAUAUUUGUGUAAAAGACUAACUGUAAAGCCGUUGGAUUUCAUUUUUUUGUGAACGAUGUUUUAUCAAUUUUAUACUGAUCUUGCACAAUUCCCCUCAUAAUGUAAAUACAGUAUUUAGCUUUGGUAUUACAUCUCUCUUUUUUUUUUCCCCAAUCAUUCAUGAGUUUGCCUGCUGGGUGCAACAGUUUUAAAAAUGUACUGCAGAGACCAGUUACUGUCUUGUUUAGAAGUUGCACAAAAUGUUUUAGAAUGUUGUUACACCUUAAUACAUUAUCUGCUAGUGUGUGUACCAGUCCAGUGUAUACAGUUUAUAUUGAUUUUAAGCAAAAUGAUUACUGGGUAUGUGGUAGAAAAAUAAGGGCUUAACUUUACAGAAUUUAGUUUUCUAGAAAUAGUGCUGCUGUUGCAUGAAUACUGGGUGCCAUACAGCAGUUUUUUAAACAGACCAUUAUUGUAACACUGUUAUUAACAACCACUAAACUUUUGGAAAGGAACAAGGCUUAAAUAUUUCCUUAAUCUAAAGCCUAAUCUAAAUUAAUCUUAAUUUUGAGGCCAGGCUUAGGGAGUAGAACAACUCCCAGAAUCCCAUCAAGUAAAUAGAACUUCUUUGUGGCACAAGUAUAAAGAAAACAUUUUAUGGAAUUUAAUUUUAAUUCAGAAUUGUUCAGAAUUCAGAAAAACUAUUCCCCCCCCCCCUCCAAAAAAUGGCAGCUUAUUUCUAUUUUUACUACAGAACAUAAAUCGAAGAUAAAAUUUUCUAAAUUCUCAAAUAAGAUUGCUUUGAAAAUCCAUUAUGUUGAGUAGAUUGUGAUUGGGUACAGAUCAGCAAAACUAGAUUUUAUGAAUAAUUAAUUUCUAGAUUUGACAUGAUCCUACUUGCUAAAUGGGAUAUAACUGUCUUUGUAUGUAGUGCAUUUAUUUCAGUAAUUUAGUGAAAUACACAUAGGUAUUGCUUGAGAUUGCAUAAAUUUCUUGCAUAGGCAUUACACAGACUACAGAUAACUUUCCACUAUACAGUACUGCCAUAUUACACAAUUUUGCCAGCUAAAUUGACAGUUUUUUUUUUUAAGAUAUGUAGAUAUAUAUGUACUGUAUACAAGUAUAUGUAUAGUAAGGCUUUAUUUAUACAUGCUUAUGUGUGAGUAUAUUUUUGUUUGAACAAAAGGGUAGUUAUGCAAUAUUAUAUACAGGUAGUACAUAUGAGGAUGUACUUUUAUAGAAAAUUUCACUGCCACAUACAAAAUCUUACCUGGAAUGUUUCCAAAGCACUGAGCAGCAAGGAGAGAGUACUGUUGGCAUGGUCACUUUUACCAAUAAACUCUUGAUCAAGAAUACUUUUGUGAAGAUUGCCAAAUUGUAGAGGGGCUGUGAAAUAAUGUUCAGUUUUAACUUUUGCAUAACAAUUUAUGCAACAUUCAGACAUGCAUAUUCUAUAUUGUAUUUUCAGUAUGCUUUAUUCCUAUAUAUAUGCAACUUAGAUUUUUUUUUUUACCAAGAACACUACAUUCAGUACCAUAUUGUUUGCAGAUAUAUAGUUUACACCUAUUUUUAUUAUAUGCUGCUUUCAUGUUUGCCAGGGUGAUUAAAACAGAAUCUUGGCCAUAAACAUUAGGGCAAAAGUAUUGCAGUUAGUAAUGGCUCUACAGUAUUGCAUAUUGUGAUGCCCUGUGAAGUAAUAUACACACAAUUGUUUACUAAGUUAUUAAAUGCAAUUACUAUGGCCAAUGAAAUGUUUAAUGGGUGAAGGUUAAUACUUAGGUGAUAUGGACACGUUAGAAGAAUGCUUGAGAACUGUUUAAGGAGAAGGGUGUACAAGGGGAUCAAUACAUAAAAGGGUGCAGAAAAGGGGUUAAGAGCUUGAAUGCAUUAAAGACUUGUAGAGUGAUGAACUCCUGGACAAACAUCAGCUGUGGCCAUUAGGAGGGAGUAAGGUGUUGGGGAUAGACAGCUUGAAUAGGCCCCCACCAAUUUUGCAUACUUUAAACAUAUUCCAUAAUUUUUGCACAUUACCGAGGCCAUCAUACUAAAUGUGUUUUAAAAACCACUUGGAUACAUGUAAAUGUUAAACUAUAACUAAAUUUGGCAUUAUGGUCCAUAAUUCCCUUUUACCCUCAACUUUUUAACUUUUAUAAAUACUAUAGUACAUUUCUAUCAAACCUAGUUCAUAUCCAUAAUCAGAUUCAGGUUUUAUCAUUGUAGAAUCAGAAUUCCCAGAUGCAUUUUACACAUUUUUCAAAUAUAAGUUUUUUCACAUCAUUACUACAUAACUCAUCGAAAUACUGUAUUUAUUUUGUUCUACUGUUUAUUGGCUGUAAAUAAUAUUUUUUCUGCAGGCUGUGUUUAGAAUGUUUUUAAUAAAAUAAUACAUUUAAA